CCGCGCUGUUGGUCGUGGUUGCAGUGAGUCGCGUCGCACAGUGCCGUGACAGACGUGGAGCGUCGGGCCCAGCUGGCCCUGCCCUCACCACCUGCUGAUCCGGAGUAGCCUCCACUCAUUUCCACACUCGUACUCUGCGGCGUCAUGAUCAUGGAGGCUCUGCGGGGGGUGAGCGCCUCCAGUCCUCAUACAUCUCCUACCAAGCGAACCUUCGAUGUCGCCUUCCUCACCGGCGCUCACGACCACCCCCUCAGCUCCGACGUGCCCUCGCCCGCCUCUAAAGUGAGCCGAGUGAGUGGACUGAAGGUGCCGCCGCCCUCUCUCACCGAAUCACCUGGAGCGCCGCCCACUCCGCCCAGCGACGACCCCACUCCGGGAAGCGCCUUCACCAAAGUCACCAGAUCACAAGGGUCGUCACCACCACACUUCACCGGGCCAGCCACAGCCCUAGACGUCCUCAGCUCUACCUGGCCUCCAGUGUCGGCCUCGUUCAACGCUGUCAGUUCACUGUUGAACAGCGGCAAGUCCCUGGCCCCGCUGCUGGCUGCCCCGGGCCUCCUGCCUCCGGGACUGGCUCCCCUCUUGCCUCACGCUGUUCCUGAUCGCCUCAACAACAACCUGGUGGAGGAAUACCUCAAGUCGCACCAUCAAUUCAUGGACUCCAAGCACAGUAGUGAAAUGUCCGCCAGUGAAGCUCUGUCUCGCCUGCGUUCGUCCAUGUAUCCCACUGACCCUUACAAGCUGCCCUUCUCCCUCGCCUACCCACUGACGGGUCCGUCCCCGGCUGACGUCUCCAAACUGGGCGCUGCUCCCUUCCUGCCACAGCCGUCCGUGUCGGCUCUCAUGCCUCCAUCCUUCACCCUUGCUCAGUCAGCUCAAAAUGUGUGCGCCAAGUGCAACAUCUCCUUCCGCAUGACUUCAGACUUGGUGUACCACAUGCGCUCGCAACACAAGCGAGAGGCGGAUCCAUACAAAAAACGCCGCAACGAAAGACUCAAGUGUAAUAUCUGCGGGGAAAGUUUCCGCGAACGACACCACCUGACGAGACACAUGAGCGCCCACCAGGACAGCGAAGAGGACAGUGAGGCCAAGUGAGGCUACGGGAGCGGAAGGCAGCAGAUUACUGACUCGCUGAGCUCCUCCCUGAAGCCUCCAAAUCUACGUCAGCAGCACAGCGGCCGCCCGCACUAUCACCCAUACAGUACCGAGUUUCCCAUGCGCCCGUUCUUCUUUUAGAAAGGAGAGAUAUGAUGUGAUGAUAUUUCUUACCAAGUCAAAAAUUAUGUGGAAGUGAUAAGCGAGUGAACCGUUCUUUAACAAACCAUGAAUACAAUUGCGUAAAAAAUAUAUUAGUCAUAUUUUUUCAUUUAACACGGGAACAACACAACUUUGAGAACAUUUUUUUUUUCAAGGGUAUCUUGUAAAAUACAAGCAAUAAUUGUGUCACUUUGUGUCCGAAUGAUGUCCAGUCUGGUGGUGAAUACGGACAGUGGUGCGCCACGGUGACACACGGGAAGACAGUAUAAUUGUGCCGCACGCAGCUUGCUACACUGCUGCGGCAAGACACAAAGUUCCGGAAUCGCCCAUCCGAUUAAAGCAUAGAGAGGUUUGCGGCACACACGCAUCCAACCUCUGAGUUCAGGCUGGGAGUGCAGAGCAAAGCAAACUGCCUGCUUAGUACUCAGCCAGCUUGAGGCAACCACUGUACCGCAACCUUUCAACAAAGCUGGGGAAAAUGAAAACAAAAAAAUCUGCAGCAAGAACGUGAGACGCAGUAAAUAUUUUGGCGACAUGAAUCAAGUAACAAACAUUCUCACUCCUGAAAAAAAUCUUAUCGACAGCCGAAAAAGAUGCAGUGAUGCGCUUGCUGCUGUAAAUAGCCCUCAAACUACAGCGCCGGGGUUCAGAGGCAUUGCAGCGGGAGGCGUGAUGAAUAUUUUACGAGCAAAUUGUCCGCGCGUGUGACUAACUGAGUGAGGCGAGUGUCUGUGCGGUGAGCCAGAACAUUAAUGCACUGCACCUCGCACACUGCUUGAUGUGAUACCUGUGCAGCACUGUCAUGGUAGGUGUUCAUUGUCCCUCUUUGCUGGGAGGGAAAAAAAAAAGAUACAAUGCUGCAUUUUUUGUGUACAACUUUCUGUUAACUAUUAAGUGGAAUGUAUGUAUUGUAAGUGCGUGUACGUACCUUGCCGUUACUUGUAUGUACGUGCUUGCUGCGAUUACCAUCCUCGUGUGUGUGUGUGUGUGUGUGUGUGUGUGUGUGUGUGCGUGUGUUCCUUCAUACAUUUCGUCCUUGUGUGAAUCUGUCUGUCUGUCCGUUUGUCCGUUUAUUAGUCCGCAUGUAUAUACGUGUGCAUGAAUGUAUGAAUGAACGCACUUGUCACCUUUAACCUCUUUCCUGUGAAUAAACAACCAGAUCGAUGUAUAUAAAUAUUCUAUUACUACGUACGUGCGUCUAUAAUUUUUUGAUGUUGAUUUUUUCUCAUAGUCCUCUACUAGUCACACCAAUCCAGCGUGAACCCAGUGCAAUAAUAAAAUUCUGUAAAUACAAGUUAUAGCGUUUUGAAGAAUUCUAUGUAGGGGUAAAUAGUAUCGGUGUUGUGGUGACGUCAUCAGGAGCACAGCGUGAGUGAGUGGUGAGGUCAGUGAGUGGUGAUGCACGUGGCGGUCUUGGUGAUCUCGGUCCGCAGUGGUUUGGUGUCCUAGUGCCGCUACUCAGACCAUAAGAUCUCACAGCACUGUCCACACACACAUUAAGUAAUAAAAUAAUGUCUUUGGAAUAA